AUGGACCAACAAACAUACGUGCGAUGCAUUGAUGAUAUUUUACGACAAUAUAAUGCUCAAAAUUUAAACUUAGGUUUUACUCCUGAUUUCUUUUGGGAGUUUAGUUAUGGGCUAGUGAAUGCAAAAAAUACAGCUCCUCACUUAAAGCUGAAAUUACUCGAGUUGUACCGCUGUCAUGACCUAGAAUAUUUGCAAGUUUUUGCCCCAAAUCUUAUAUCGUUCAAGUAUGACGGAAAACAAACAACUCUCUCUAUUAAGGAUGCUAAGCAACUUGCUUCUUUGAGGCUAUCUUCUCCAGACUAUAUCUUGCUAGGAGCGAAAAACUUCGUUUUCAGUCACUUCUCCUCUCAUUUUUCAAACCUUAAAUCUUUGGUUGUUUCAGCUCAUCUCUUCGAGGACAUAAGCGAUCUUACGCAACUCUGUGUUUUUAGUAAUCUAAAACAGCUGGUGGUUGAUGUUAAAUUUACUUGGUCGACCUGCCUGUGCUACAGAGUGGUUGCUUCCAUAAUCAGGGGAGCCCCUUUAUUGGAGCAACUUGAGAUAGUUCUCCCACCAUGCAUUCCUAAAUGGCAGGAAUACCCGGCACUAGAAUUGGCUUCUAUGUCUCCGCACCAGAACCUAAAGGAGGUCAAAUUGUUUGGUUUUCGGGGUGAUGAAAACACCAUGGAGUUUCUUUCCUAUCUUUCUGAAAACACUGUUUCUCUUCAGAAGAUCGAUAUUAUUGCUCAUAGUGCUUUAAGGCAUGGAGAAGAUCUAAUAGUUGAUAAUGCAUUGUAUUGA